UGCGGGGAACCAACGAGCACGAAGGGGGACGAGCCUGCAGCUUCAUUCCUAGAUCAAAAUCUCACGCAGUUACACGCACUGACCUAUACAUACACGUAUUCUGUAUGCAUACGAUCCUCUUCAUUGCCAUGCUGUACCGGAAAUGCCUCUAUAGAGUCAGGUGAAUAUGCAAUCAUUGCUUUGAGUUGAGGUACCUUGUGCAAUCAGAGGCAAAACCCUAGAGGAGCUGAGGGGGGAUUUUCCAAGUCACGAGCUGCAAUUCCUUCGUGGUCAAUCGCAAUUCAGUUUUGUUCUUUAGGAGUUUGCAUUUGGUCUCGAGUUCAUGGAGACAGUAAUUUGUAGCUUUUGAACUGGGUGAUGCAUGGGUGCGACUCACCGUCUGUGCUCUUAGUAAAUGCCGAAGUUGAGUCUAUGGGAGGAGUUGUCGAAGGUGGAGUUGGUAUUGCUCACAAAACUUCUCUCAGACGAGCAGCUAUCGAAAGGAUCCAAGGAGAGCUCAGGCAAGAGUAUAAUGUUCGGGAUAAGACAAAAAGAGAAUUGGAAUUUCUUGAAAAAGGUGGAAAUCCCUUGGAUUUACUUAAGCCUGGAGAUGCUGCUUCAAUUAGUGUUCAGUCAACUUCGUUGACCAAUCAACAUCAGGAUCACUUUGUUACCGGUGAAGCAAAAGGCAGUUUUGCAUUCACUGCGUCACCCCAUGGAGACUCUGUGGAGAGUAGUGGUAGACUUGGGGUGGAUCUUUGUGAACCCAAUAGUGCUGAUAAUCUUAUGCUAUUUGAUGGUGAACAUGACUGUUCUGAGGGUGAUAAGAUUUCAUUACAUCCUAGAAGGAAUAAAACUGUGCUACCAGAAAAGUUAUCUCAGAUGGAUGGGAGUCAUAGGACUCGGGAACAUGGUGAAUCAGUUGCUUUUAGCGUGCCUAAAAAAGCGUAUAAGAGAAGGAAUAGGUCCCGUCCAAAUCGUGAUGGGAUUAGAUUGAGUUCAGUUGAUGUAAAUACAACUCAUGGCAGUGAUGGCUCUUCUCUACCGCCUCACCACGACAAGGAGCUUAAAGGACAAAUAUCUGAUGCCGAAAAUCCGUUUAUAUCUAUAAAUUGUGAUUCAAAGCCUAUGUGUGCUAAAGAUGGUGUGAAGGAUGGAAUGGUGGAGACACAACAGGAUAUAAAGUUAGGUGAUGGAAAGGCUGUAGAGUCAUCUAAAAACCUGCUCGAACCUGUACUUGUGGAGGCUGCAUCAGAUGCUAUUGCCUGUACUCUGGAUGAUCAAUGUAAUCAACAAUCACAAUGUGAUGCUUUAGAGACUCCCACUCAAAUGACUUUUGAUGGAUCUGAGGCCAUACAGACAAUUGAAGAGAUGACUUCUGCAGUUAAUGAGUGCCAGAAAAUUGAGCCUGCCAAUAAAACUGAGAAGGAAUCUAGUUACUGUCAAAUAAAUGGUAGCAGCAGUGAAAAGGAUGGGACAAAAUUUGAUGCUCAUAACAUGACUGACUUGUGUGGCAUGAAGGUUUUGGAUUCUUCAUUAUCUUGUGCACAAACCAACAAAAGUAUUGAUGGAAACAAUGUUGGUGGUAUGUGUAAAAAAGUUACAAAUGGCGAUUCAAAUGUGCCUAUCAAAGAUCAGACUAUACCCUCAGAGGGAACGGCAUUGGUAGAAAGUGAUGAGCUUGUAAUUGAAAAGAGACAGGCGGGGGUGGUUGGUGGUUGUGCUCUUGACAACCCAAAAAACUCCUCAGCAUGUCUGAUGCAGCAAGAGAGUGGCUUCAAGCGGAAACAUGAAGAAUUGAAUGACAAUGGAUCUGCUAUGAAGAAUGAGAUGAAAAAUCAAAUUGUUAAUGAAGCAAUGGAGCCUUCUUCUGAACCAAGGGGGUCAGAAUCAGGAAUAAAAACUGAUCCUCUUUUGGAUGGAAAUCUUGGAUUACGUGACGAAAUUUCAUGUGCUGUUAUAAAUCAGCAUUCUUUUUAUACUUCAACUUCUGAUUUCCCUAAUGAUGGAUCAUUGACUAAGAAUUCUACUAUUUCCCUUGAGGCUCAAACUUCUUCCUCUUCAAACUCAAAACUACAGCUAGAAAUUGAUGAAGAUUCAGUCUUGAAAGAAGCACAAAUUAUCGAGGCAAAACGAAAGAGGAUUGCACAAUUAUCUGCUUUGACAUCUGUGAGAAAAAUGCAUCCAAAAUCUCAUUGGGAUUAUGUGCUCGAAGAGAUGACAUGGUUGGCAAAUGAUUUUACUCAGGAGCGUACUUGGAAAAUAGCUGCUGCGGCUCAAAUAAGUUCUCGAGCUGCUUUUGCUUCUAGGUUGAGAAAACACGAGAGCAAUUCUGGUAUGGAGGCAAAAAAAGUAGCUCAUACCUUGUCAAAACAUAUCAUGGAGUUCUGGCAUUCUGUUGAGGCAAAGACCUCAUUACUUGAGCAGGAAAGAAAAAGAGAUGACACUCUUCCCGUUAAGGCUUAUGCAGUUAGAUUUUUGAAACAUCACAAUUUCAAUGUUAUUAAUAACCAAGCUGAGGUGUCGGUGACUCCAGAUAGAGUAUCUGACAUGGAGAUCCUUGACCUCUCAUGGGACGAUAAAUUAACAGAAGAAAAUCUCUUCUAUGCAGUCCCCGCUGGGGCCAUGGAAGCCUAUAAGCACUCAAUAGUAUCACAGGUUGCACGGUGUGAGAACAUAGGAAAUAGUGCUCAAGAGGAAGUGAAAGAAACAUCUGCCUAUGAUGCCACUGCAGACUUUGAAUCUCAAGAUACUGCAUAUGAUGAGGAUGAGGGGGACAUAAGCCCAUAUAACAUGCCAAUGGCCUUUGACAAUAGUAAGUCCUCAAGAUUUGGCCAAAAGAAGCGUAAACACUUGAUACGUGGUUAUGGGGUGAAAUCAUACGAAGUAAGCUCCGACAAAUUGCCAAUGCGAUAUGCUGAAAACAAAAUUGUCAGUCAACCAACCACUUUAAUGGUGAAGCGACCAGGUGGCAGUCUUAAUGUGUCAAUUCCAACAAAACGCGUCCGGACUGCUUCCAGGAGAUUUAUCAGCCCAUUUAGUGCAGGAACCUCUGAAUGCCUUCAGCUACCUAAUAAAACAGAUGCUUCGAGUGAUGAUACCAAUUCAUUUCAGGAUGAGCAGUCGACUCUUCAUGGCGGAUCAUUUGUUCCAAAUAGCUUGGAAGUUGAGUCAGGCAGGGACUUCAAUAAGCAAUUACCAUUUUACUCAGCAGAAAUCAUGACAAAACAUAAGAAAAGGAAGAGACCCAAGCAUCUGCAUGCUUCGUAUGAACCAAGAUGGCAGGUUGAUACUACCUUCCAAAUAGAGCAGUUUCAGAGGGAUAACAAUAACAUAAAGAAAAGUCAGCAACUUGAGUCUAAUGGCAACAGUGGUUUAUUUGGUCAACCCGUGAUAAAGAAGCCAAAGAUUAUGCGUUUAUCAGAAGAUAACUCUUUUGAGAAUAUUGCUCCUGGUUCUGCUCCUUCUCCAGCAGCCUCCCAAAUGAGUAACAUGUCUAAUCCAAAUAAAUUUGUUAAAAUGCUUAGUGGUCGGGAUCGGGGUAGAAAGCCAAAGAUUAUGAAGAUGCCUACUGGUCAGUUGGGUUCAGGAAGUCCAUGGACACUCUUCGAGGACCAGGCACUUGUUGUCCUGGCACAUGACUUGGGCCCAAACUGGGAGCUUGUUAGCGAUGCUAUCAACAGUACUCUGCAGUUCAAGUGCAUAUAUCGCAAAGCUAAGGAAUGCAAGGAGCGCCACAAUUUUUUGAUGGAUAAAACAUCUGGUGAUGGAGCAGAUAGUGCUGAAGACUCUGGGUCCUCUCAACCAUAUCCUUCUACACUGCCUGGCAUUCCCAAGGGAAGCGCCAGGCAGUUGUUUCAGCGUUUGCAGGGGCCAAUGGAAGAAGAAACUCUCAAAUCUCACUUUGAGAAAAUCAUCAUUAUUGGGCGGAAACAACAGUACCAUAAAAACCAGAAUAAUAAUCAGGAUCCCAAACAACUCCAGCAACCUCAUGGAUCUCAUGCAUUUGCACUGUCCCAAGUCUUCCCGAACAACCUGAAUGGAGGCCCCGUUCUAACCCCUCUGGAUUUAUGUGAUGCCACUAUUUCUGGCCCGGACAUACUUCCCAUUGAUUAUCAAGGGUCACAUCCUAGUGGAUUAGCCGUUGCAAAUCAGGGUCCUGCGACUUCGAUGCAUCCUGCAUCUGGUGCUGUUUCUGCACUGCAAGGAUCGCCAAAUAUGAUGCCUGGCAACAACUUUUCAUCCUCACCAGGCUCUAUGAGGGAUGGUAGAUAUGUUGUUCCUAGACCUGCAUCACCCGACGAACAGCAUAGAGUGCAGCAGUAUAACCAUAUGAUGACUAAUAGGAAUGUGGCACAGCCUAAUCUCACUCCUUCUGGAGCUCUUCCAGCAGCUGAUCGUGGUUCCCGUUUACUUCCUGGUGUUAGUGGCAUGGGUAUAGGCAGCGGUGUUACUAGAAGCAUGCCAAUGACAAGGCCUGGGUUCCAAGGCAUUGCUUCAUCAUCUAUGGUUAACUCUGGGAGUAUGCACUCUGGAGUAGGUUCUGGUCAAGGAAGUUCCAUGUUGAGACCUCGUGAACCUCUGCACACGAUGCGGCCUGGCCUGAGUCGGGAUUCGCAGAGGCAAAUGACGGCGCCUGAGCUUCAUAUGCAGGCCUCACCAGGAAACAGCCAAGUGCCUCACUUUGGUGGAUUGAGUUCGGCCUUACCUAAUCAGACCGUGUCUCCACCAGUAUCCUCGUACCCGCUCCAUCAUCAGCCGUCCCAUCCAGUAUCACCUCAGCCUCAAGUCCUUAGUCCUCGUCACCCACAUUUCCAAGGACCGACUAAUCAUACCCCAAAUCCCCAACAGCAAGCCUAUGCUAUUCACUUGGCCAAAGAGAGAAAACAUCGUCUUCUGCAACAGCAGCAGCACCCAGUACAGCCACAGUUUGCUGCAUCUAGUUCUUUGAUGCCACAUGUUCAGUCACAGUCUCAACUCCCAAUAUCACCUACAGUACAAAAUAGUUCACAAGUUCAAUUCCAAUCAGCUACACCGCCGGUAUCACUUUCUCCGUUGACAUCAGUUUCUUCAAUUCCCCAGCAUCAGCAGAAGCAUCAAUUACCAGGUCAAGGAGGUACACGGAAUGCACAAGCUGGUAGGAGUGGGCUUGCUAAUCAGACUGGCAAGCAUAGACAAAAACAGCAACAGCAGCUUUCACAAUCUAGAAGGCAACAUCCUCAGCAGCGGCAGCAUUCACAAGCUCAACAGCCUGCUAAGGAUGUAAAAGGAGUGGGGAGAGGUGGCCUGACGAUGCAUCAGACCCUUCCAGUUGAUCCUUUGUUAGGAAAUGGGGUUUCAACAAGUCCCAGGAAUCAAAGUUCCGAUCAAGGAGAUACAUCCACUCAUUUAAUGUCAAGUCAGGGCCCAUUUUCCAAUUCUCCGCCAAAUACUGUGCAGCCAACAGGGCAAUAUGGGUCCCCACGGCCACCUAACCAGUCCGUUACUCACCAAAAGAAUCAUCCAUCGGCCAUGUCUAAUUCAAACCACCAACAGACAUUAUCCCACCAGAAGUUAGUGAAUCAAAACAAAUUGGCUCUUCAAAGACUGCAGCCAAAUCGCCAGAUAGAGUCUGAUCUAGCAAAACCACAAGCUGUAGAUUCUGACGCCGACCAGCACCGAACAAGCAACUCUGGUGAGAUGGUUGCCACAACAACAUUACCUCGGACCGCUAGUAAUGCAACUAAUGCGGCAAAGGCUGUCUCUUCGGCCAAUACUCACCAAUGGCAUGCUUCAGAACAACCAUUGGAUGGGCAUACAACCAAUAUAAGUCGCACAGUGUCAAUGCCAGCUACUGCUGGUGAGUCUGCUACGCAGGUGGGACAAGAGCUUGGCCAGAGGCCGUUGGCCAGCUUGCCUUCUAGUAAACAUGAUGUUAGUGCACACUUCCAGCAGCAUCAGCAGUCGUCACAACUUCCACAUCCUCAUUCACCAGCGUCCCAGCAGCCUCUAUAUUCUCAGCAGGGGCAGCUGCUUCAAGCAAGCAAAGGCAAUUUAUAUGGUCGGCCCAGUGACCAUAGUGUGGAAUGAAGACAAGCCAACAGAUUGUGUAGUGAUGAUACUGCUACUCAUGUCUGGUCAGCACGCUCUUACACACCAUUGUACAGUGAAGCUCGCCUUGUGGCACGAAGAAAAUCUGACACGUUAAUGAAAUCUAAGAGCUCUACAAACAGAGAGACCCCGGGCUGCUCAAAUUUUUGGCAACAUGUAUAUUAGAAGUGCCCCUAGGGCUUCGGGAAGAUAGAGACAGAUAGUAGAGGUAGGUGUAGAGAGUCUUGUCUCUUGUUUCGUUACCUUUUUUCUUAUGCCCCUUUAUGUUAUUGUGGUGAUGUCGGGUAGGGGGGCGUUUGUUUUAAGCUGCAUAGAUCAGUGAUGCAUUGUUGCCUGUAGGGCCGUUAUCGUUAUUAUGGCCGAAGGAAGGCUAUGGGAGUAUUUUUGUGAAUAUGAAUUAGUGUUGUCGUGCAUAAAACACACUACAGUGUAGGCAACAUUCCUUGAAAUAGUGGUUCCAUGCAUCCGUUGUAUAUUGUUGUAUUUUGUUCAAGAUUUGAACAAUGAGGUAAUCAAAAGAUGUGCCCAUGCUAUUUUCUUACUCA